UCAGUGUGCCCCCUUACAUUAGGUGUGCCCAUCACAGUACUCCUUUACAUCAGUUGUCCCUAUCAUUUUGCCACCUUACAUCAGGUAUUCCCGUCAGGAGUGCCCCCUUACACUCAAAGUACCCCUUUCUAUCAUAUUUCCCCAUCAGAGUGCCCCUUUACAUCAUAUUCCCCAUCAGAGUGGCCCUUUCCAUCACAUGUACCCAUCAGAGUGCACCUUUCCACAGUAUGUGCCCAUUUGUGCCCCCUUAACAUAAAAUGUGCCCAUCAGAGUGCCCCUUAACAUAAAACGUGCCCAUCAGAGUCCCUCUUAAAAUAAA